AUGUCCAUUUCAAACAAGUAUAGUCGUUUCAUUAGUAUCUUAUUAUUGAUUUUGUUUGUCUCAAAUGAGUUAUGCCUUUGCCUUCCUUCGAAAUCAUUGAAUGCUACACUCAAUGAAAAUGGUUUCUCACCGGCGGUGGCGACCUGGUACGGCAGCCCCACCGGAUCAGGAAGUGGUGGAGCUUGUGGUUUGGAGAAUGAUGUGAAUGAUGCUCCUUACUAUGGCAUGAUUUCAGCCGGAAAUGGCAAAUUAUUCCGAUCCGGUGCUGGUUGCGGGACUUGUUUUCUGGUGAAAUGCACAAAUAAUCCAGCUUGUUCAGGAUCUUCAAUUCAUGUGACAAUUACAGACGAAUGCCCUGGUCUUUGUAAUAAUGACAAUAUUCACUUUGACUUAAGUGGAAAGGCUUUUGGUUAUUUAGCAAAACCUGGCCGUGAAGACGAGUUGAGAAAUUUAGGAAGGAUCGACAUUCAAUAUACCAGUGUGCAAUGCUACUAUGACUUUAAAAUAGCAGUGAAGAUUGACUCAGGGUCUAACCCUUACUACUUAGCCAUGGCUGUGGAGAAUGUGAAUGGGGACGGUGAGAUCGAUCGAAUCGACAUAACGGCUCAAGGAUGGAAAUCAUGGGCGCCUAUGCAACGUAAUUGGGGCGAGACUUGGAAAUUUGAUGUGCCAUCUGGAACCACUGGACCAUUUUCAAUUAGAUUUACCGAUCGCAGUUCAAGAUCAGUUGUGGCUUAUAACAUCAUACCAAGCAAUUGGGCUCCAGGAAAAAAAUAUUAUUCAAACACUAAUUUCCCUUGA